UGUGUGCAGCAAAAACUUUGUAUUUUAAAGGCCAUGUCUCUAGGGCCAACAAAAAGAUAACAAAAGGUCCUCUGCUUGUCUUGUGAAACUGGGACAAAUGCCGGAUGUAGUUGCAUCACACUUCAUGUCUUUGUGAUCUGAAAGUAGACAUCCCCACACUGCGUAUCCCUUCCACACCAUAUAAAACCCUGUUCCCUCCAUUUUCUAUCAUGCUUUAAACUAUGAACAAAAAAUACAGACUAUGACCAUGGACACUUGAACAUGAUCACAAAAAGACUGCUAUCCACCAGUAACUUCCAUCCUUUCCCACCUAUGAUCAAAAACUACCUACAGUGGGCCCAAAACACACCAAAGUACCAAUCAAGCACAACUUUUAAGCCAAAGGGUACCUCCAUUCUAGCUACAGACCUCUUAAAAUCAUAUUUUGAAAAGGGCCGAAUCAGUCAAGCACGUAACUUGUUUGAUGAAAUGCCUGAGAGAGAUGCUGUUGCAUGGACCGCGAUGAUUUCAGGGUACACGCAUUGUAAUGAAUACACUCAAGCAUGGAGUGUUUUUGUUGAUAUGGUAAAGAAUGACAAUGUCCCACCAAAUGCAUUUACAAUAUCAAGUGUUUUAAAGGCUUGUAAAGGAAUGAACAGUGUUUCUUGUGGGGGUUUGGUUCAUGGAUUGGCUAUUAAAAGAAGGUUUGUUGAGGGGUUUAUUUAUGUAGAUAAUGCUCUCAUGGAUAUGUAUGCUACUUGUGGUGUAACUAUGAGGGAUGCUUGUGUUGUUUUUCACGAUAUUAAAGAAAAGAAUGUUGUGUCAUGGACCACCUUGAUUGCUGGCUACACUCACAGAGGUAAUGGGAGUCGCGCAGUUCAAGUCUUCCGGGAAAUGUCGCUGGAGGGAGCAGAAUUGAACCCACAUAGCAUUUCGAUUGCUGUUAGAGCUUGUGCUUCAGUCGGCUCAAAUAUUCUUGGCCGACAAAUACAUACGGCAGUGAUUAAACAUGGAUUUGAGUCCGAUCUACCUGUCAUGAAUUCUAUACUUGAUAUGUAUUGUAGGUGUGGUUGUUUAUCCGAGGCAAAGGAGUACUUCAAUGAGAUGAGUGAAAAAGAUUUGAUCACAUGGAAUACAUUAAUAGCUGGGUAUGAAAGAUCAGAUUCUAUAGAGCCUCUCUUUAUAUUUUCACAAAUGGAGUCGGAAGGUUUUAGUCCAAACUGCUUCACUUUCACCAGUCUUAUAGCAGCUUGUGCAAACGUAGCAGCUUUGCAAUGUGGACAGCAGGUUCAUGGAGGAAUUUUUCGCAGGGGGCUUGAUGGAAAUCUGGAAUUGGCUAAUGCUUUGAUUGAUAUGUAUGCAAAGUGUGGCAAUAUAAUUGAUUCACAAAAAAUUUUUAGUGAAAUGUCCUGUACAAAUUUAGUCUCCUGGACUUCUAUGAUGAUUGGAUAUGGGACUCAUGGAUAUGGUAAAGAGGCUGUUGAGUUGUUUGAUGAGAUGGUCAGGUCAGGCAUCAGACCUGAUCAGGUAGUGUUUAUGGCAGUUCUACAUGCAUGCAGUCAUGCCGGACUAGUUGAUCAAGGCUUGAGGUACUUCAACUGUAUGUUGGAUGACUAUCACAUCAAGCCAAAUCAGGAGAUUUAUGGGUGUGUUGUAGGUUUGCUGGGCAGAGCUGGAAGAGUUGAGGAGGCCUAUCAUCUAAUAAGAAGCAUGCCAUUUAUGGCUGAUGAGUCUGUUUGGGGUGCUCUUCUUGGUGCUUGCAAGGCACAUAACCUUUCAAAGUUGGGCAAGUUGGCAGCUAAGAAGGCAUUGGCAUUGAAACCAAAUAUGGUUGAGACUUAUGUGAUGCUGUCAAAUAUCUAUGCUGCAGAAGGCAAAUGGGGAGAAGCUGAAAGAAUGAGAAAGCUGAUGAAGAGAGCAGGCUCUAAAAAAGAGGCCGGUAGGAGUUGGAUUGAGGUACGAAACCAGGUUUACAGUUUUGUUGUUGGAAAUAAGAUGGGUUCUCAUAUAGAGUGGGUUUACGAUGUUUUGGAAUUACCUGUAAGGCAUAUGAAAGAGGCUGGCUAUGUGCCUGAACUUGAUUACUUAAUACACGACCAAGAAGAUAGAACUUGAUUUGAAGUGAGAAAAGAUACCAUAUUUACAUGAAACCAGCUUGAAUGUGGACUCACAAACCAAGCGGAGGAAACUCCCGCAGCUGCUGAAUAUCCAGUUUUUUAGCCAAUUUGAGCAAAUAUUAGUCAACAUAUCAGUUUCUCUUUCUUAAAUCUUUUAAGGAUCCAAUCUUCACUGCACAUUUGCAGCAUAGAGAUUAUAUGAUAUAUGAGAUUAAAGUGAGGAUGACAAGGGUCAGCACCAGUAGAGAUGCAUCUAAUGAUAUCCAGGGUUAUCGAGAUAUCUUAUUAACAAAGCCUCCACACCUCUCCAUCUCUCUCUGCCGAAUCUCCCUCUCGUACAUCUUCUUCCUCCCUCCCUCUCCCUCAGCGUCCCUCUUUCAUAUUUAAAUAGCUGUCCCUGCAUAUUUGGCUAUCAUACAAACAAAAAGAUGCUUCAUUUUCUUCUUA